AUUGGAACGUUUCACGUGUUAAAAGUAGUGUUUUGUGUUCAUCGGAUGCAGAAAACGUUUCUUAUAAGUACUGACAUCAACAAACAUGAAUACGGUGUUAAAUUUAUUGCGCCGACAAACGGGUCAUGGAUUCGCCGAGCAAUACGAUGCAACGUUGUUGCGAUUGUUGGUUCGCGAGCGUGACAGCUGGAAAGGCAUUUCACCGUCCAGAUUGUCUGCAGACUAUAACCCAUCACCCCCGAUCUUGGCUGCCAAAUUUGCUAAGUGUUCGGGUCUUCAGAAUGUCCUCGCGAUAGCGAAUGAAGAUGGAAAGAUUGCGAUACAGGACACAAACCGGUGGAACAAAGAACCUGGCGGGGAACGAUCACUGGACGGAGUUCAGUGCCACUACAAUGCAGUAUUCGAUGUUGAGUGGAUGCCUGGAGAGAUGAAGAUUGUUACUGCUUCCGGUGACCAUACAGCGCAACUGUUGUCAUUGACCAACGCAGAACUGGUCCGUACGCAAGUGUUUCGUGGCCAUUCACGAUCGGUCAAGACGGUGGCCUUCCAGUGUGAUGAUCCGGCAGUGUUUGCGACCGGCGGACGGGAUGGGGCAAUUAUCAUAUGGGAUAUUCGAGCCAAACUUGGAUCCAACAUGUUGCCACGAGCAGAUAAUUGUAUUUACAAUGGACAUUCGGGUGGACCAGGAACACCCGCUUCGUAUAGGAGGCGUACGAGACAAACUCCCAAAAUUCCUGCACAAGGUUGCAGUAGCAGUAUCACAGGUUUGGCAUUCCAAAAUGCUAAUACACUUAUCUCAUGUGGAGCAGGUGAUGGAGUGGUGAAGGUUUGGGACACAAGGCGCCACUACACAAGUCAUCAGCGAGACCCAUUGCCAAAGUAUAGCUUUUCGUACAGCGGUACAACUACUUUGAAAGGUUUUACGAAUCUCGUGAUCGACCAUUCUCGUCACCGGCUCUACGUGAACUGCAUGGACAACUACAUCUAUUGUUAUAAUGUGCUGACCUAUGAUGGCCACCCCCUCACGCGGUACAGUGGUUAUAAGAAUGGAACCUUUUACGUCAAAUCCGCGCUGAGUCCCGACGGUCAGUAUCUCAUUAGUGGUUCGAGUGAUGAACAUAGCUAUAUCUGGAAUAUAGACAAUUCAAGACCGUUAUUGAAAUUGCACGGGCACGCAGCUGAAGUGACGAGUGUCGCAUGGAUGCAUGAUUGGAGCAAAGUGCGCAUUGUCACAUGUAGCGACGAUGCAUGCCAUAAAGUGUGGCGUCUGGGACCGGAGGAGUUGGAUCCCAAUGAAAAGAUUCAGUUGCGCGGUACUGCCGAGUAUUGCAACUCCUAUUCCAGUGAACAGUUCAGAAUAAAAUCUCUUGAAUUUACUCCUCGAUCGGUCAAGCGUUUCGUGCAGCAGAACGAAACAACCCCCAGCGCAGUCAAAUCUAUUCAUCGGACAACUGGCACAAUGGAAGGACAAGAGCACGCAUCGGUCAACAGUAUGGCUCGCGAUGGCGAUCUAAAAAAUGACAGCAUCGGAAAUAGCACUACUAAGAGAUCGCUCGGUGUAAUGUCACAGAAUAAUGGAGUGGAGGAGACAUCAUUAUUCCCACCAGUCAAACGUGCUUUUCGAGAGGAAUGCCGCGGACGACGCCUUUUCAGUCCUUUGAGCUCGCAACCAGCCUUUAGUUUUAAUGCCCUUGAGGUAGCUUCGAAGUCAUCUUCGUCUCACAGUUUAAGCGCCAUCCUGGAAGCAAGUGAAGAGGACACAGUAGGUGGAAUAACAUCGUGCAAAUCGCCUUUGGCCACGGCGGAUCUUAAUGUCCGACCUGUCGAUAGUGAUCAGAAUGCCACAGCUAUCACUUCGGCUCUAAGCUCCAACAACAUACAUCCGUUGAUAUACUCGCCGACACUAAAUCUAAGAUUGCCUAAUUUUGUGAUGGACGGUGAAGCACCGCAUUUAGUAAACGUUAUUGCUAGCGGCGGAAGCCUAGGAUCAUCAAUUACUUGUGGUGUUGGUGCUGCCAGCAGUGGCGGAACUUCAGGGCAAAAGAAGUACAAACUGAAAGAGAAUAUUGAUUGGCUGACAAAGUUUCGAAAGCAGAAGUUGCUACAAGCGGCAAAAAGCAUCGCGAACGCUGAGAGGAGACCAUUAUUAGAAGAUGCGCCUGUAUUGUCACCAACGGAAGAUACCACGUCAUUACUCCUUUCGCCCCAACUUAAGCGAUUAAAGACGGGCGAUGAUAAGAAGAACAGCGUCAAUGAUAGUAUCCCAAAUGUUAAUGUUGAUCACACAUCAAGUCCAGUACUAGUGGAAUCGGCUGCAUGUAGUAACAGCAGUCUUCCUACGACACCACUCAGAAGAACCGUAUCGCGAUGGAGCUCUGGUUGUGUGGAGCAGGCUGAUUUACAAGGCAACUGCAUCGAAGGUGAACGUACACCAAGGAGACGCCAUAAUUUAAUUACACCAUACAGUCCGGCAGGCGUGAUUGGUUUGCAACAAUCCUCUUCCGGAUGCUCGUCCAUAAGGCGUUUUUUUGCAGCCACCACUCCCAACAAUUGCCCAAAUGUUCUGACAACGUUAUAAUGUCUACUGACGGCAAUCUAAUCUAAUGCAGUAACAUUAGUUAAAUGCCAAUUCGAUUCUACCUUUCAGCCUAUUUGCACAUUUCAACCUUUAUUCAUUUCUGUUUUGAUCUAUCAAUAAAAGGUAU